AUGGCCUAUAAAAUGCUUCAAGUGGCCCUGUGUUCAACAUUGCUUAUAGGAGUGUUGGGAGCACCAUUUUUAUUGGAGGAGCCAUCAAACCAGUUCCUACAUCUCAAAAGACACAUAUAUUUUCAGGAUUACUGGAACCCAGACCACAGUCCGAAUACAUGGGGAAACACACUGGCUGAUCAGGCUCAUGAAACAUGGACUGCUUUGAAAACAACAGCACAGUAUUAUCUGAAUGUGAAUACUUUCACCCUUGACAUGUCUACUGCCCAGUAA